UACAUCCACGUGGCCUUAUACAGAGAUAACGACGUGGCAAACAUUUUACUGUUUCUAAAACCCACAAGGCUCCUCCUAGCUCCGUCGCAGAUAAUGGGUCAGGCAUUUCGUCGAGCAUCUGGCAGAAUAAGGGCCACCGAUUCAUCUCCGGCUACAAAGACUGUAGUUGACCGCCGGCCGCCGGAAAUAACCCCUGAUAAAGUGGAGAUCUUGAGGACAAGCGCCCAAUGUAACAAUCAGGACAAUCUUGCUUCUGGGGAAGAUGGUAUUCCAAAAGUUAAUACAGAGAAUGAACUUGAAGAAAAGGAUCCACAAUAUGAUGCAAUGCUUAACCAAAUGGUGGGUAGAAUUCGAACAAAACCUGGAGGCAAAUUGGAGAUGGGCGAGGCAGCUGUGGGGGAAAGGUAUGAUAGGCCGAUGCCAAAGUUGCGGAACACAAAACCCGAUUCUACAAGGUACGAGGAAAGACCUGCUCCUCCAGGGACUCUAAAUAUAGCACAGUUGCGCCACAUGAUGCUUCUUCAUCAAGGAAAGGCUGAUGAUCAAACCGGGCCAAUGGACAUUCACCAGAUUGCUAACAAGUUCCGACUUGAAGUGGAUCAGGUUCAGCAGAUAUUGAAGUUUGUGACCCUGCCUCCAGAGGAAAAGAAAGAAGAGAGAUCUAAUCAAUGAUUGCCGGCUUCUGCUUCUGCUUUACACUACAUGUGUAAAGGGAGAGUUGAGUUAAUUUUCAUAUGGGAGCUAUGGGUUUGAUCUCCACCUUCCGGCUGCUAUACUUUUAUUUAGGUGACAAUCUGUUAUAUUUUGGGGGUUUGGGAUGUUGCAAACUGUCAGGGUAGUCAUAGAACACCAGUUAAGACUUUUUGUUUGAAUAUAUAGUUGGGGAACUUGUACCCUGGUAUUUCGCAUGAAAAUUCAAUCAUAAAAUUCCACAA